GGGGGCGGGAAGGCGCUGCCGCGGCAUGGCGGGCGAGGGCGACUCUGAGCCGGGGAAGUCUUUUAAACUCCUGGGAUUUCUUGAUGUUAAAAAUGUCCCGUGUGCACGAGAGUCAGUGCUCUAUGGCUCCCUGGGGUCUUUAGUUAUGGGUCUUGGACAUUUUUUAGCAACUAGUAGAGUUAGAAGAUCUUAUGAUGUUGCAGUUGGUGGCUUUAUUUGCACAAUGUUAGGAUACUGGUUUUACUGCAGGUUCAACUUAGCCCAGCAAAGGAUCCGGCAAAGAAUGCUUCAAGAAGGAAUGAAAAACAGAAUUUUAUAUGAAGGCAGUUACCUUGAUCCAGAAAAGGAACAAAUUGGCAGUGAAAGAAGUGAUUCAUAGGUUGCUCUAGAGGAGUUGUGGUUUAAUGCAUCUUUGGGAAAAGGUGGUCUCCAAAAGGAAGUCUACACUGCAAGCCUGUGGCAUGUCUAAAACGGGUAAAUCAUGGUUUUCCUAGCAAAUCUGGGCAGGAAAUUCAUAGUGAAUCUGUUAAGUCUGUACAAGCCUUGCUUUGUUUCAUGUAUGUAUGUGUGUGUGUGACUGCACACAUUUGGAAUGAUGUCCUGUUAAACAUCUGGGAGCUGAUGUGUUCUCGUGCAGGGUCUCAGAGGAUUAACAACAGUGAUUUGGGACUGCUUUAACUUCCAUUAUAAACAGAGCGUGGUUUGUUUUAGCAAAGUUGUAAUUACAUUUCAUUUAAAUACAGGAAAAUAUUUCCAUCACCUGUUAAUGUAUCCUUCAGUGCUAUUAUUAGCAGUGCUGUUUUUAAAACAGGAAUAUUUAAGCAGUGUAGGAGAAGGUUUUGGUUGUGCAAGAUGAGUGAUAGCAGCAGCCCUUGUAAGAUUUCAGCUGCAGGAUAACCAGAUAGCUUACAUACACUGUGAAGCUGAAAGAUUUCCAUCUUUGUUCUGUUUGAAACUAUGAAUAAAAUCACACUUCAGAGCAGCCUAAACUAUGUAAGUAACUAAUUUUUUGCUUCAUUAAAAUUCUUGCCAC